ACACCCAUUUAAGAAAGGAACUUUUACAGCAAGAUAUUCUUGUGUGUCAUCUCUUUGAAAUUUCAUGCAUGGAUUAUUUAAGAUUGCAAUUCCCACUGCCAUCGUUAGGACAGCUUAGUUCCAACCUAUUUUGAAGCUUUUCUCUGCAGCACAGUAAAAGUACUAGAUGCAAGGACUAGUCAGAGCAAUACGAUCUUGCCAAGAAACAUUCAGGGCUGCAAUUCUGCAGCAUGGGAAAGGGGGAGCAGCAUUUGAAGUGGAGAAAUUCCUUUCGCGUUUUGGAGGCAUCACCUCCUCCUCUAGAUCUUCACCCGUGCAGCUGAAAGGGCUGGAGAAUGUGACGGUGGCAGAGGUGCUGAUGACAAAGGGAGGAGAAAAAGUUGGUUCCUGGCUGUGGUGCCACACUGAUGAUGCUGUCAUUGAUGCUGUAAAAAAGAUGGCUGCAAAUAAUAUUGGGUCGCUAGUUGUCCUAAAACCAGUGGUGCAACAUCUUGCAGGGCUCGUUACCGAAAGAGACUACACGAUGAAAAUAAUCGGGCAAGGAAGAUCACCGACACUUACAAGAGUUGGGGAAAUUAUGACUGAUAAGGACAAACUAAUAACGGUGACAUCCGAUACCAACAUUCUUAAAGCAAUGCAGCUCAUGACAGAGAAUCGGAUACGACAUGUUCCAGUUAUAGAUGGGAAGAUAGUUGGGAUGAUCUCCAUUGUAGAUGUUGUAAGAGCAGUAGUUGAGCAGCAAAGUGGAGAACUGAAGCGAUUGAACGAAUUCAUUAGAGGUGACUACUAUUAGAACCUAAACGACACCUACAUGCAGAAGGAUUUUAGAUUUUGGAUAUGGAGCAAUAUUUAUACUGCUACAAACACGAGAUUACAAUAAAGUAAAUUUAUAAACUGACGUAAUUUCAUAUGAUCCGUUAUAUCUAAUUUACUAUAAAAAUAGUUUUACA